GCCAUAUUUUGCCACCAGACAGCGCCACAAGCGCGACGUCACUCGUGUAUCUAUAGUUUCCUUCUGUUUUGAAACCCAAGCUUAGUGAAUAGUUCCUUGGGAAAUAUUGUAAAAGCGUUUGAGAAGUGAAAUAAAGUGUAAAAUACCAAAAUCCACAAGAUGGAAAAGAGGGUCGCCUUGGAGCUAAGAGGAAGGAAUCCUUCACAGGUGAAAGAGUUGAAUCUGGACAACUGUAGAAGCACCAACAUCAUCGGUCUCACAGAUGAGUACACCAACUUGGAAAUACUAAGCCUGAAUAAUGUUGGACUCACAACCCUCAAAGGUUUCCCAACACUUCCAAAACUCAGGAAGCUGGAACUCUCUGACAACAGAAUAUCCAAUGGCCUCAAUUUCCUCAAUGGCUGCAAGAAGUUGACACACCUGAAUCUAUCGGGGAACAAAAUCAAAGAUUUAGAAACACUGAAACCCCUGGAAGAGUUUGAGUAUCUGAAGAAUCUUGAUCUUUUCAACAAUGAAGUCACAGGUAUCGACGACUACAGGAGUAAGGUGUUCGGUUUACACCCAUCAUUAAAAUAUUUGGAUGGAUUUGACAAAGACGAUGGUGAAGUUGAGGACAGUGAAGAAGAAGACGAAUUGAAUGGAAACAAUGAUAGUGACGAAGAGAGUUCUGAUGUUGAGGAUGAGGAAGAUGAAGACAUUUCACUCAGUGCCGUCUACAAUGAUAAUCUUGUUGAGGAGAGCUCCGCCGGUUCGAUGUUCGACGGCAGCGACGUGUCCGACGAGGACGACGUCGACGACGAGGAGGACGAGGGCGAGAACGACGCCGAGAACGAGCACAACAGCAAGGCGCAAGACGGUGACGAGAAUGCAGACGGCGAGCCCGAGGAAAGCACUCGGGGUAAAAAGCGGAAACACGAGGACGACGACGAGAAUUGAGUGUUGCCUUAAGCGGAGUUAUCUUACUAGUUUGUAAGUGUACAGCGCUCCGAUGCAUCGGACAAUAAACCUGGGCCUGUACCGGCGGCCGUCGCCACAACACAUCGCGUUACGUUGCAGUCAUCCCUUAGACUAGUUGUCAUUUGUGAGAUUGAUUCCGUCACCGAACGAGGCUAGGUUAACUCGCUUUCACCCUAGUGUUAACGUGUCUGCGGACAAGAAACGAUUUAAAAUGAAAUGUUUUCUAUCUUUGAAUGUUGAUGUCUAUUGUGUGGAAUCUGUAGUUUGUUGUCCGACAAGUUAAUGUUUCAAUUAAAUUGUUUAUGUAAUAAUCAUUUUUUAUUCUAUUGACAUGCUUAAUUUUAAAUGAAUCAUUGGAAUGGAAGUGCAUGAUUUUAGGAUUAAAAUAGCUCUCAUUCUUAAACCUACAAUUUCAAUGAAUUAUAUUAGUUAGCUGUAAGUGGAAGGAACAUAAAUUAAAUAGGGUAAACAAAAUUAUUUCAUGCCCUUGGAAUAUAUUACAACAAUCCUGAAGUGGGCUCCGCCUGUUAAUGAUGACCAAUUUAGACUGAUAAAGACAUACACCACAAUGGACACUAAGGUCAAUUUUCACAUAUAAAAUUGUUAAUGACUUAGUCCAUUAUUUUAUUUCCAAAAGUACAAGUGAGAUAAAUGAAAAAAUUAUGCCGCUUUAGGCAACACUUUGAUAUUAACUUUACUAAUAAAUAUUGUUUUGUUUUUAACAUAUCUAAAAUUGAUACAGUCUACGUAUUAUGUGUUUAUUUAUUUAUAAGAUACCUGAUAUCUUAUUUUUUUCAAUCUGUAUUGCAAAUUUUAGCAGAUAGCUUUUCCAGCAUUAUUUGUUUCUGUUCAAUGUGAACAAUCAUCUAUAUUAUGUUUAUAAGAUAAUUAUUUUUUUAUACAUUUCGUAAUCUCACUAAUGAUAACUGAUAAUGUUGAUCAGCGUUUCAAAUAAAAUUCCAAAGGGCGUAGUAAAUAAACAUUAACCGAAUGCAUAAUUAGAUCAAUUUUUGAUGUCCGAUGAGUUCAGAGAGUAUUUUUCUACAAUCUUUUUAAAUCUUGAAAGAGCAAUUUAUGCA